UGCGCAAAACUCUGUUUCGCGUCGACGGACACGUACUCGCUUCGCAUUACCCCAUCCUGUUGUCGUCUCCGCUGAGACCUCCCUCGCCGUCCACUCGAUCAAUCUGCUCCAGCGAUGUGCUCCCGCGCCUGCGCGCGCCUCCCGCACCCGCUCUUCAGGCCCGCUCCAAGCCCGAAGCGCAGGCCCGCUCUCCCGCAAGGCCCGACCUUAGCCCGGAGCCGUGCCCUCGUCGCGCGCGCGGCCGCGGACGCGCCGGACGACGCGCAUUCGCCGCCGUCGAGCUUCGACUUCCUCGCGCUGAAGCGGGAGCUUGAGCUGGAGGAGGAGGGGGCGGUGGUGGCUGUCGAGGCGGAUGAGGGAGGGGGAGCUGUCAGCGAGGGCGAUGGGGAGAGGGAGGCGGAGAGGAGUGCGAGCGGUACGAGGCGGCGGCGGAGGCAGAUGACGAGGCGAUCGGCUCUGCUCGCGAAGCAGGUCAUCAGUGUGAGCUCGGCACGGAGCCUUGGGUUCGUGUCGCAGCUCUGGGUCCACGCCGCCUCGUGGGUUGUUGCAUUGGUUGAAGUGAGGCCAAGCUUACUUUCAGGAGAAGAAGAGAAAUUCCUUUUUGAGGACAUAUAUCAGGUUGGAGAUGUGGUGCUUGUUGAGGAUGAAUCUGUGAUCGAGAAUGAACAUAAUCUUGUCGGAUUGCACAGCUUGGUGGGCUACAAUGUUGUAACUUCUAGGAGGCGCAAUGUUGGUAAGGUGCGUGGUUUCACAUUUGACAUCAACUCAGGUGCUAUGGAGUCUCUUGAGCUUGACUCAUUUGGGUUUUCUAUCGUCCCUUCUAGUCUGGUAAGCACAUACUGUUUGUUUGUGGAAGAUGUGCUGGAUAUAGUCUCUGAUACAAUCGUGGUGCACGAAGAUGCAGUCUCCCGGGUUCAACGGUUAACACAGGGCAUUUUGGGCACACAAAACAUCCAUGGACCUGGUGGUGAGAUCGAUGGGUACCGCAGGUCGGGGAGGAGAAGAGCAAAUAGUCAGGGAGGCCGAAAACUCCAUAGGAAAGCGAGAGAUGGCAAGGAUGAAUGGGAGCUUCCGAUGGACUAUUGACACAUCGUGCUGGUUGCGUUCUUGCAGGACGAGGAAACUCUCCCUGCCACUAUCGAGUAUUCUGGUCAGUGCCAUUUUCUCUGCUGGUCAGUAGUCAAUACUAGUAGGAUAUUGCUUUAGUUGUUGUACAUAUUGGAGGAUCACGAUUGAUGAAAGGGCGGCCCUUUCAAGCUGGUCAUGGUUUGGUGGUCGCUUUGGCCCGGUGGGUUAGUGAAAAGCGAAGUUCGUUUGUCUUGUGAUGACGGAAACCAAACCUCUUUUGACUUCGCCGGCACUGAAUGUACUAUACCUGUAAUCAUUCUGUGGUGCAGUACUACCAUACUACUGGAAUUCAGUGAUGGCUGGUGAGUAUGAUUUCUUGUC